AUGGAGGUCUUCGUGCGCAACGUGCCAAUACACGCUACUAACAAGCAGUUGGAGAAGCUCAUUGAUGGUCAUCUGAGACAGUGCGGCGUCAGCUCGUACCAUGUCGAUAAGAUGCGUGGCAAGCCGCUAGCUACCAUUACCGUCCUUGAGGUAGGCGCUUGUCUCGACUUCCUCAAGCAGUUCGGCGUGCCGCAAGGUGCUGCGAGGUACGCCAGUUCGCUGCGACCGCUCCAACUAAACGGACAACGUCUGCACUUCUCAAUCAGCCGAAACCAGCCUUCAGACAUCACAAUCAGAUCUCUGAGGUACGAAGCUGAAACGAAAGAGGACCGAGCUGUCAAGUCGUCUGAAGUUGUAAAGACUAAGCGGGUCACGUCCUUUGCGAUCAAGGAUGUCCGCUGCGGUACCUGGGACUACCACGGUGAAAAUCUUACCUUUGUGAACCAUUGCGAGACCGCUUCCAAAGGUACUAUCAUGUUCGGUCAGCGGGAAGCCAGGAUACUACUAGAUAAUCCGAAUGCCGACCAGAUCCGGGUAGACGCCAAGUACUACGAUUGUGAGCAUAUCGUCCUCGGAGAUUUCGAUGAUCCAACAAUUACCAUUGCGCUGGACGGGAUAUUACCAAAGUUCUACCAAAUCAAUGAUCAGGGUGUUCUUUCUACGAAGAUGACGGCCCUUGUCCUCGGCCCAGCGGCCGCUCAAUCGAAAGAUGUCAAGAAGAUUCGCCUUACGAGUAUAGAUGAGGCGCACGGCAGAGUUGCAGGGGUGUGUUUUGUUUAUCGGGUGACCCUCACAGACCGCACCGCUCUCGGCAUGGUCAAGAGAUUACUCGACAGUUCUGUCAAAAUGGUGUCGACGAUCUCCAUGUCCACCACAGUCAUGGCGCCGGUUGUGGCAUGGCAGCGGGGCAAGCUUCGGCUCGAUCACGAGCUGACAGAUGCAAGACGCUUCGGAGGCAAACCAUUCAGCGUCCGCUAUCAGCUUGAUCGGCUCGCUAGAAACGGAUGCAUAUCUCCAUCCAAGCUAUUGCUUCUCUUGCCAGCCGUCGCUGAGGUAAUCGAUCAGUGUGGAAUAGACGCCACCGUCGGAGCCCUACGUUGCUUCUACAGGCAGGUGCCGCGACCAGGGCCAGAAGUCGAAGCUAGAGAGUGCUCCAUCCGUGCAAUGCGAACGUUGAUUCGUAAGUACGCGGAUGCAUACGACCAGUACGAACCAGGAAACCUAUACGAGCUAGCAAAGGCUUACAUGCACAUCAAUCUUAUCCAUAAGGUUGUGAUCACGCCGGCUGGGACGUACCUCGAAGGCCCAUCAGCGGAACCUACGAACCGUGUCUUACGCAAGUAUGCCACUCAGACGGACUGCUUCAUAAGAGUGGUCUUUCAAGAUGAAGACGGCUCAUCAAUGCAUCAUGAUCCGCGCGCCUCGCAAGAAGCCAUAUACCACAUCCGGUACAAGGGCGUGCUUGACGGCACCAUCAACAUUGCCGGACAAGGCUUUUCCUUCCUCGGGUUUUCGCAUUCGAGUCUGCGCAACCGAUCUUGCUGGUUCAUGGCGCCGUUGAUCGACAGCAGGACGCGAACACUUGUGCUCAGCCCGCAGGUUAUCAAAGAGCUCGGGGAUUUCACCCACAUUCGCACUCCCGCGAAGUGUGCAGCAAGGAUAGGCCAGUGCUUCACGGACACGACCGCUUCCGUCUCGGUUAAGGACUGGGAAGUCGGCAAGCUGCCGGUCGUCGAGCGCAAUGGCCGUGACUUCUCUGAUGGCGUGGGGACACUCUCGCGACAGCUUUUCGAGGACGUUUGGCAAGUCUACGGUAUGAGGAAUGCUCUCAAACCCACAGUGCUGCAGAUUCGAUUCCAGGGCGCCAAAGGUAUGGUAUCGCUUGACUCACGGCUUCAGGGACGGCAGUUACUACUGAGAACCAACAUGGAGAAGUUCGUAGGGUCCCAGUCGAGGGUGCUGGAAAUCUGCGGCGCAGGCUUUCGACCUCUUCCCAUGGUGCUCAACCGGCAAUCCGUCCAGAUCUUGGAGGACUUGGGCACACCCACGGAAGCAGUUUUGUCCUUGCAAACCCGCGAGGUGCAGAAGCUACAGUGCAUGUUGGAGUCUGCCGUAAACACCGCCAGCCUUCUCGAGACCAUGGAACUGACAAAAGCCGCUAAGCUGCCAGAUCUGAUCGAUAUGCUAGAUCAAGCACGUCUGGACUUCCGACAUGAUCGCUUCCUGACCGGCAUCGCGCAGAUGGCUGUCGUCCACCAGCUGCGUGAUAUCAAAUACCGCGGACGUAUACAUAUCAAUGAUGGCGUUACUCUGUACGGCAUCAUGGACGAAACAGGGUAUCUGCAAGAAGGUGAAGUCUACGUCGUUACGGAGAAGGCACCCGAUGGCGGUCGCAAAGAGCUCAUCCGCAACAACAUUCUUAUCACGCGUAGCCCGGCCAUGCAUCCUGGAGACAUCCAGCAGGUCAAUGCGGUGUCCGUCCCGGCCGACUCUCCGCUAAAGCACCUUUCGAACGUCGUUGUCUUCAGUCAGCACGGUGCCCGAGACCUGCCUAGUCAACUGAGUGGUGGCGACUUAGAUGGCGAUCUGUAUAACAUUAUCUGGGAUAGCACCCUAUGGCCAACCAAGUUCGCAACGCCAGCAGAUUAUCCAAGAGUCAAGCCUGUGGAGCUCGACCGCAUCGUCACCGGCAAGGAUAUGAGUGACUUCUUCGUCACCUUCAUGGAGACAAACCAGCUCGGGAUGAUCUGCUCCAUCCACAUGCAGCUAGCCGACCAGAGGCCGAUGGGUACAUGGGAUCCCGAUUGUAUCAAGUUGGCAGCUAUGGCUAGUACGGCGGUCGACUAUAGUAAAACUGGCAUACCGGUGGACAUGAAGCAAUGUCCCAAGUAUGAUCGCUGUCGACCGGACUUCAUGGCACCGUCUCCACGUAUACUCCUUUCGGAGCAAGGGUACCUUGACCUCGAAGAUGAGCUAAGCCGCCCGUACCGUUACUACAAAAGCCAGAAGGCGCUCGGACAACUUUACCGCGCUAUCGACGAGCGCAGUUUCAUUGCAGACUUGCAAGCCCAGCAACGCGCUGUUACCGCCACCCAUGAGCGCUCGUCUUCGCCACUCAAUUCACUACUGCACUACAUGAAAAAGUGGGCCAACCAGUAUGGGAUCGGCUACAGCCACCAAACUAAGCUCGCCCGCGACAUCCGGGCAAGCUACGAGGAGAGCUUGCUCGACGCGAUGUACCACUACUCUCCAGUCGCGCACUCGGUGCUUUCCGAACAGGAAGUUUAUGCAGGCAUCAUCCUAGGUCGCCAGAGCGGCGCGCAGAACAAGUCGCUGCGUGAGCUCGCGAAGGAGAUGCGCGAGCGUUUCGGAUCGGUAGUCGAGUAUACCGAACUCCAGAUUGUGAAGGGUGAAGGAGCGCUCAUUGCGGCCGAUCUGGAAUCCUUGGGGUAUGAUGAACGUGAGAUUGAGGCGCUGCCUCGUGCUAUCGCAUGUCUUGAAGUUGCUGUGCUGGAGCCAGGCAGGGUGGAUCGCAAGGCCGGCGAGCUGAAAAGCUUUGGGUAA